AUGCCUCGACGUCGUCCAUCUAGCAGCGCUCCCGUCCGACGCCGCACGAGAACUGGUUGCCUCACGUGCCGUGGUCGGAAGAUCAAAUGUGAUGAAGGAAAGCCAGUUUGCGGACAAUGCAUGCUCAAAGGGUUCGAGUGUGACACUACCUCCACAUUGAAAUGGGAGACUGAGUAUCUUUCGAAAGGUCUAGCUUUCGGGCGAUCUGGUGUAUGGUCGAAACACCCAAAGGAAGGGGUGUCGCCCCCAGCUUUCUUUCCAACAGAUGAUAUCUCCUAUUGGUGUUCUUUCCCACGAAUUCACACAUACAGCUUCAUUAAUACCACAAUUGGUGUUGACGAAGAGUUUACAACAGUCGAGCAGCCCACUAGCAACGGUGAGCUGGCACUGGUUUCACCCACAAAUUCACCUGCAACACUUGCUCUUGCUCAGCGUCGAUCAUCAACCCCGCCAAUGCCAUAUAGCCCGGAUUCUUACGCACGUGUCCUGCAGCUUCCAGUUUUACCAUUGUCUGGAGUAUUCGGGAUACUUCCUUCGGCCAGAGAUUCAGAUGCGUCACUCUUGCUCUCUUACUACAUAGAGAAGAUCUGCCCAUUAACCAGUGCGAGCAAACAUGCCGCAACCCCCUUUGCUUCACUCAUCGUCCCAUUUUCAGUCUCGUCUUCUCCGCUUGCAAUGAGCUCAAUCACAGCCCUAGCAGCUUGUCAUCUUUCCCGGAGUCAGACGAUUUUCAAGGCAAAGGCUCUACGACUCGGCCAACAAGUAAUUCAAAGUCUGCGGGCUAAGCUGAGCAUGAGCGACGCGUCCAUGGUGGCCAUGGACCCUGAAAUAGUUGUCGUGAUGCUUCUCCUCUGCCUGUUCGAGAUCAUCAACGAAUGUGACAAGCGCUGGGUUGUGCACUUGAAGGGGGCACGGGACUUACUUCGCCUUCGCCGAGAAGUAUCGACAGGAACUUUACAUGAUUCGGAUUUAAUUGAACUAUUCCGGUUUUGCGAGCACUACUUUGCAUUCCAAGAUGUCAUGGGCCGUACGGCCUGUGGUGAGAAUCCAGUCUUUGGCAGCGAGUUCUGGAGUGCUGAACCGGCUGAUUGCAACCCUUGGCUGGGGUGCUCUCCCGAACUUGUCUAUGUGUUGAGCAAGAUCACUGAGAUGGGACGUGAAGGCCCUCAACAUCGGCACACUUUGCAAUUUCGAAUUGCAGUGGCAUCUUUGGAACAGCAGUUGACAACAUUAACGCAACGUGUCAGCGAGGUGAGUGAUGAUGCGCUAAGAGAGGCCGCCGAGGUGAAAAAACUUGCCGCAGAGUUAUAUCUCCAAUGUGUCUUGAACGACGCUGAUCCGUCAGUCACCUGGGUGGCUGAUCGAGUCUCAAACCUUUUGAACAUGAUUGCGACCUUGGUAGAGAAAAAUGUCCUUUCGGGUAUUGGCUGGCCUCUGUUCGUUGCAGCGGUCGAAUUGGAUCCAGCUCAUGAUUAUCAAAUCCCACAGAGCAACCUGCAUGCUCCUCGGUAUGCAAGAGCAUUUGUUCUCUACACCUUAGACAAGUUAUCAGGCUCUCUUGUCAACGUUGCCAGGACAAGAUCUGUCAUCGAAAAAGUAUGGCAAGCAAGAGAUCUGCAACAAUUCUUGGAAAAUAACAACAAUGGCCCCGGAAAUGACUGGGAGCAGCUGGUUGCACCACUCUGCAGCAACAUGUCACUAGUUUAG